AUGCUGCGAUUCACCGUGUUGGUCAGUUUCGUUCUUACUUACGUGUCGGGUGAUCUCGAGCCGACCUGCGAGAAUUACAAUGAUUCCACCGAGUGUCGAUUUAAUGGUGUAGUAGGGCCGCCGUCGUGUACCGGUGACGAAUGCUACACCAUGUGUUACUUCGAACGUGUUCUAAUCAGCGUGACCGGAAACGAAGAGUGCGGUUACAUUAAUAUUGCGGACUGUGGUUUGGUAUCAAUUAAACCUGGAGCGUUUAAAAAUCUUUCCAGUGGAUACUUGACACUGAGCGAAGAUAAUGCGUAUUACGACAAUUUGGAUCUUCCUCUGUACAACGAAACUAAUAACAUUUCGAUCUCACAAUCCGGAGUUUUUACUGGCCUGCCAAAAUUGAAAUCCUUGAAUCUAGCCGGGCAAACCGUUCAGUUGUCUUCUGGAUUAUUCAAGGAACUAACUACAUUAAAAAUUUUGGAUUUAAAACGGAAUGGCAUCAACCAUAUACCACGAGGAACCUUCAAUGGACUGUCUAAAUUGGAAGUGCUAAUAAUAUCAAGGGAGGAAAUUACCGCACUCACUCCUCAUACCUUCGAAGGACUGUCUCAACUGGCUGAAUUGCUGCUGAUUAGAAACAAGAUUAACUCCAUUACAGAGGGUGCUUUUGGUGGGCUUCCUAAACUGAAAAAGUUGGACUUGUCUCUUAACCGUAUUUCAGCGAUUAAUCUAACCACUUUUUCCUGCCUUUCAAUGGUAACACAUAUAAGCCUGUCCCAAAAUAAGAUAGCCACCAUUGCUGCUGGAUCUUUUGCAAACGUCACUGAAUUGCGAAUACUUGAACUGGAUCGGAACGAUAUCAGCGAAAUUACAUACAGUUCAUUCCGGGGUCCCUCUCAGUUGUCCCGGUUGAGUUUACUUGGUAACAAAAUCACUCACAUACCGGAAGGGACUUUCGAUGGGCUGCCGGAACUGAAAAACUUGGACUUGACUGAGAAUCGCAUUACGGCAAUAAAUUUGACAAUAUUUUCGGCUCUAGGACGGCUGACUGAUUUAUCCCUCGAAGGAAACCAAAUAGCCACCAUUAUUCCCGGAUCUUUUGCAAUUACCAGCGCUUUACAAUUGAUUCGUUUGAACCGAAACAAUAUAGUCGAAAUUAAACCCAAUACUUUCAAAGGUCUUUCUAAACUGCAAGUAUUAGACUUAUCAUACAAUGGGAUUACCUACUUGCCAGAAGGGGUCUUCAAUGGGCUUUUUAAAUUGUUAGGGUUGUGCCUGAAUGGAAAUCGUAUUUCAACAAUAAAUCCGACAACAUUUUCCGAGCUCACGGAGUUAUCUUUUUUAAACUUGAAAAGCAACGAGAUAUCGACAAUCUUACCUGGAUCAUUUGCAAACGUCGGCGAUGUGCUAACACUUGAUCUAAGCCACAACAAGAUAGUGGAAAUCACACCUUAUACUUUCCAAGGUUUGUUGAGGCUCCCAUCUGACAUUACGGAGCUCUGUCUUUCUCAACUGAUGCGGUUGAAUAUGUCUAAUAAUGGGAUUAUCGACAUACCGAAACAGACGUUCAACGGACUGCCGAGUUUGUGUGACUUAUACCUGGAGGGGAAUCGUAUUAUGAAAAUAAAUUUGACAACGUUUUCUGGGCUUGGGCUGUUGACCGUGUUGAACCUGCGAAACAACGAGAUAUCUACCAUAGAACCGGGGUCGUUCGCAACCCUCGGCAAUUUGACGACACUUUGGUUAGCCGACAACAAGAUAAAGGAACUUGAACCCCUCACAUUCCAGGGUUUGACUAAUCUCGAGUUUUUAAUCCUUUCCAACAAUUAUUCUUCAAUCGUUCAACCAAAUACGUUCAGCGGCUUGCCUACAUCUGUCGAAAUAUUGGAACAAUCUGUGAUUUUGGAUCACUCAUUUCAAUGGGCAAAGUUCGUGCUGCGCCAAAUGUACUUAAAAGUAUGA